UCAAGUACCUAAUGACGGGGAGGUAUGUGUCGACAACGACCUGUUUACGAUAUUCCGCAAACCGUCAUUGAAUUGGAUAGAUGCUGAACAGUUUUGUGACGUCAUGUACCCUGAACAAAUAUCGAAUUUAGCAGUUGUAUCUACCAAAGCCUUACGACUUUCUCUUACCAGUUAUAUCAAAAGUGACACCACACUGAGUUUUGGCAGAAUAGGCAGAGGAUACUGGGUUGGAUGUAAUGAUAUAGAGAAUGAGGGUCAUUUUAUCUGGGCGGAUGGCACAGAAGUCGAUGAUCAAAAUUGGGAGAAGCGUCAACCGAAUAACAACAAUGGACAACAUUGCUGUCAAAUGUGGCAACACCCUAAAAAUAAACCACGAUUUAAGCUCGACGAUGAAACGUGCAGUAAGAAAAAGGGUUAUAUCUGUCAAAUUAAGAAUGGAUGUUCCGAAUAACGUUGAAACGAUAUAUAUGAAUUAAUUGCCAAUUAGUAGUAAUGAAACAAACACAUGAAGGGUCAUGUCGGUGUGAUAACUGAAAACGUUUGACACUCGAAAACUCGCGGACGAUUAUUAUGACGUCAUCAAACCGAUCAACGUAAUUCCAUUAAUCAUGGAGUUUCGGGGUUUUGCAAUAUUUGUAAAUGAUCCAGACAAGACGAACAUUAUUUCCUAUAAGUUUAAUUCCCUCUGGCGAAGAACUCGUCAUGGGUCUGUAACAGGAAUGUAGAUAUAGAGUACUAGUAACAGCGGUUUGUUUAUAUCGUUGUUCGGUAUAACUUAAAAGGCGGCAGUCGUUGUGCCGCGUCCUGUUCGAUAUGGGACUCGUAGAAUAAUGUAUUGUCCAGCUGAAAUAAUGGUCCACAUUCUACACAUGAUAUAAUUUGUGACGUCACAAUUUCAUUGCACCAUGAGAAAUUAGUUUGACACGUGAUUUGAUAAAUUAUCAAAGAAAGUUCACCAACAAGCCACUUCAAGUGGACAGACGAAUUGCCGGGAACAAAAUAUUUGUUGCUUUCGCAUAUAACGAUAGCUAUUUAUACCAUGAUGCGGACAUUGGUUGGUAGUUUUCAUCUAGAGUAAUUUAAACCCUAACCCAUACAUUUGACCUCUUCCAACCUACAUUACGAUGUGUUCUCCGGGGAUGAAAUUGAGAAGGAUGGUUACUUACAUCAGAAAAGAAAACAGUAUACAUAUAUGUCGCAAGAAGAGUUUCCGUUUUAAAGUUUGAAAGAGGUCAACAAUGUCAAUACUCAUCCUUACAAAAGAGGUGUUUAUUCAGCAAAUAUUGCCAAUUUAUUAAAAAAGCAUAUGUCAACCUUCAACUAAUCUACAAAAACAUGUGUAUAUUUUAUGUGAAGCGGUAAAAUAUUAUACGAGGGGCAUUAAAUUUAAAAUCAUAGUUUGCCUAUCUUGGUAAAAAAAAGUUUGUCUAUCUGGCGGUGCAGAGAAACUAAGAUUUUUCCUUCCCUUUCCCUUUGGAAUCACUCAAACUCGUGUAUUGUUUCAUAGUUUUUUUCAAUGUGCAUCUUGUAGUUGGUAAUAAAAUGAAGCAGUAUCUCAAU